AUUAUGCUGAUUUUUAUUAGUCUGUAUCCCUUCUUUGUAUUUUUGUUUUCUAACGGUUCCUACAUGCUACAUCUGUUGUACUGCACAUACUGCUAUUGCAGGAGUGGGAACCAAAUAAUUUUACUCCUUAUGCAUUGUUUGAAAUAGAAACAAUCCAAACGGGCUUUUACAGACUUACAUUUACUUGGAAGUGUGACUUUCCAAAGAACAGGAAAUAUGUGGACAGACGUCACCUGCCAGGCUGGAGCUGUGUCAGCGGCUGGAUCUUUGCAGUGUGAAUGAUUGCAUGUGACGUGUAUGACUGUAUGUGAGGUGUGUGCUGCCUCUUGGUGGUAUUGGCUUUAACUCCAGCUGUACUCCGUUUGAAUGGAUGAUUCUCACCACCAUCAUCGCAAACUGCAUCGUCCUGGCUCUGGAACAGCACCUUCCUGAUGGAGACAAAACACCUCUGUCCGAGCGACUGGAAGAGACAGAGCCCUACUUCAUAGCCAUCUUCUGUUUUGAGUCUGGAAUAAAGAUCCUGGCUCUCGGUUUUGCGUUACAUAAGGGCUCCUACCUGAGGAACGGCUGGAACGUCAUGGACUUUGUAGUUGUGCUCACCGGCAUCUUAUCAUCUGUGGGGUCUCAGCUUGACCUGAGAACACUACGAGCCGUCAGGGUGCUGCGACCUUUAAAACUGGUGUCUGGAAUUCCAAGUCUGCAGGUGGUUCUCAAGUCCAUUAUGAAGGCUAUGAUCCCCCUGCUGCAGAUUGGUCUACUCUUGUUUGUGGCAAUCCUCAUGUUUGCCAUCAUCGGACUGGAGUUCUACAUGGGGCAGUUUCAUAGGACUUGCUACGAUGAUGUUACAAAUGAGACAACGGAUGACAGGCCGUGUGGUACCACAUCGCCGUCCCGGCAGUGUCUUAAUGGCACGCACUGUGGGGAAGAGUGGAUUGGACCCAACUUUGGGAUCACCCAGUUUGACAACAUCCUGUUUGCCGUGCUCACCGUCUUCCAAUGCAUCACAAUGGAGGGAUGGACAAACAUGCUCUAUCACAGUAAUGAUGUAAGUGGCAGUUACUUUAAUUGGCUGUACUACAUCCCCCUCAUCAUCAUCGGCUCCUUCUUCAUGCUCAACCUGGUGCUGGGUGUACUCUCAGGUGAAUUUGCCAAAGAGAGAGAGCGAGUGGAGAACAGGAGCGAGUUCCUCAAGCUGAGGAGACAGCAGCAGAUUGAGAGAGAGCUCAACGGAUACCUUGAGUGGAUCUGUAAAGCAGAGGAGGUGAUUCUGGCUGAGGAAGAUGCUACAGGGAACUUUGAUGGAUCGAGGCGAAGGCCAACCAUCAAAACCAAAAACAACAAGACAGAGCUACUGAACCCUGAGGAAGGAGAGGACAACAUGGGAGACGCAGUAGGUUUUGCACGCUCCAGCAUAAAGAGCGGUAAGGAGGGCUCCAAUUACAGUAAGAAAGAGCGACGGCUGCGAUUCUUCAUCCGUAAGAUAGUGAAGACGCAGGCUUUCUACUGGACAGUGCUCUUUCUGGUGGGCCUCAACACCAUCUGUGUGGCUGUGGUGCAUUACGACCAGCCUGAGCUGCUCACUGACUUUCUCUUCUAUGCAGAGUUUGUCUUCCUUGGUUUGUUCAUGUCUGAGAUGCUGAUCAAGAUGUAUGGGCUGGGCAUCCAGCCGUAUUUCCACUCCUCCUUCAACCGCUUCGACUGUGUGGUAAUAGUCGGCAGUAUCUUCGAGGUUGUGUGGGCCACCAUAAAACCAGGCACAUCGUUCGGGAUCAGCGUGUUACGAGCUCUGCGAUUGCUCCGGAUCUUUAAAGUCACAAAGUACUGGGCGCCCCUUCGAAACCUGGUGGUUUCUUUGCUAAACUCCAUGAAGUCCAUCGUCAGUUUGCUCUUCCUCCUCUUCCUCUUCAUCGUAGUCUUUGCCUUGUUGGGGAUGCAGCUGUUUGGAGGACAAUUCAACUUUGACGAAGGAACGCCGCCUACUAACUUUGACACUUUUGCUGCGGCAAUCAUGACAGUGUUUCAGAUCCUGACCGGAGAAGACUGGAAUGAGGUGAUGUACUAUGGCAUUGAGUCCCAGGGUGGAGUGAAAGACAAAGGGAUGAUUUUCUCAAUCUUCUUUAUCGUCCUCACACUCUUUGGCAACUACACUCUGCUUAACGUCUUCUUGGCCAUUGCUGUUGACAAUCUGGCCAAUGCCCAGGAACUUACCAAGGAUGAAGAAGACCAAGAGGAGGCAGCCAAUCAGAAGACAGCACUACAGAAAGCUAAGGAGGUGGCGGAGGUCAGCCCUCUGUCUGCUGCCAACCUGUCUAUUGCUGCUAAGGAGCAGCAAAAGAACCACACCAAGGGCAAUAAGUCGGUGUGGGAGCAGAGAACAAGCGAGAUUCGCCGACAGAACCUGAUGACGAGUCGCGAGGCACUCUACAAUGAGCUGGAGCAGGAUGACUGGAAGGUGGGAGGGGAGGGAGAGGAGGCAUCCUACCCACGGAAAGGACGUGGUGACAUGAAAACCCACUUGGACAGGCCAUUGGUGGUGAACCCACAGGACAACCGUAAUAACAACACCAACAAGACACAGCCUGGUGAGCUGCCUCUGGAUCAGGAGUACCGGCGCCAAGACAUUGACCACUGCCGUCGUGCCGGCCACUACUAUCACUACGACCGCCAUCGUCAUCAAAAGGCCUUUGGGCCAGAUAACAGAGAGACAAGCCAGCUAACAGAGACCCGCAUGGAGCACGGCUUCAGCUGCACAUCUCUGGGUAACGUGGAGGGCCAUCCAGGGGAGGAGAGGCAUAGCCACCGGAGCCAUCGGGGCCAUCGGCACCGGAACAGAGAAGGCCGGGAGGCUCGCAGCGUCUCCCCCCGCCAGAGUGAGGCAGGGGAAGGAAAUAAUGAGCACAGGAGGUCCAGGCAGCACCGCAGGGCAGCCGGGGAAGGGGAGGAGGGCAGAAGACACCGAUCCAGGGGGACAGAGGGCGAGGGGGAAAAAGGCGUGGAAGGAGAAGGGCGGAAAACAAGACGACAUCGACAUGGCAACCAUGAAAAGGGCAAAGGGCAUUGCAGAAGGGAACACCACAGCACUGGCCCCAGCCUCUCCACCACCCGACCUAUACAGCAGUAUAAUGAGGACCUCGACAACUUCCGCAACAACAGCAAGUUGGCCAGUGCCCACGAGCACCCUUACACCCUACCACCAGAUCACCCUGACCAUGUCAAUAACCUGCUCAACUGCCGUGAUGCUGAUACCCACACCCUGCUUCACAGCAUGGACAGCCUGAUUCUGACUAGCAUGGCCAAGCCUGACUACACAGCCAUAGAAAUGCCUCCUGUCUACCCUUACCCCUCGACCAAUGCCAUCUUACAAGUGAACAAGAACGCCAACACCGACCAGAAGAAGGGCGAGGAGAAGAAAGAGGAGGAAGAUGAGGGCGGAGAUGAAGACGGCCCCAAACCCAUGCCUCCUUAUAGCUCUUGUUUCAUAUUGUCCACCACCAACCCGUUUCGGAAGUGCUGUCACUACAUCCUGACUCUGAAGUAUUUUGAGUUCAGCAUCCUUACUGUCAUCGCUAUGAGCAGCAUCGCUCUGGCUGCAGAGGACCCUGUCGACCCAAACUCACCGCAAAACAAUGUGCUGCGUUAUUUUGACUACGUUUUCACAGGCGUCUUCACAUUUGAAAUGUUGAUCAAGAUGGUGGUGCUGGGCUUGUUUCUCCACGAGGGCUCCUACUUCCGCGACUUGUGGAACAUUCUGGACUUUAUAGUGGUUAGUGGUGCUCUGGUGGCCUUCGCCUUCACGGGGAACAACAAGAGCAAAGACAUCAGCACAAUCAAAUCCCUUCGUGUGCUAAGAGUGCUGCGUCCUCUUAAGACCAUCAAACGUCUCCCCAAGUUAAAGGCUGUCUUUGACUGUGUGGUCAACUCUCUGAAGAACGUGCUGAACAUCUUGAUUGUCUACAUGCUGUUUAUGUUCAUCUUUGCUGUGGUGGCCGUUCAGCUCUUCAAAGGUCGCUUCUUCCAUUGCACAGACGAAUCCAAAGAGUUUGAGCGUGACUGCAGGGGCGAGUACUUGGUAUAUGAGAAGGAUGAAGUUAAAGCUGAAAAGCGGGAGUGGAAGAAGUACGAUUUCCACUACGACAACGUGGCUUGGGCCUUGCUCACCCUCUUCACCGUCUCAACUGGAGAGGGUUGGCCACAGGUGUUGAAGCACUCAGUGGACUCCACCUAUGAGAAUCAGGGCCCGAGCCCAGGUUUCAGGAUGGAAAUGUCCAUCUUUUACGUGGUGUACUUCGUUGUCUUCCCCUUCUUCUUUGUAAACAUCUUUGUGGCUCUCAUCAUCAUCACCUUCCAGGAACAGGGGGAUAAGAUGAUGGAGGACUACAGCUUAGAAAAAACGAGGUCCUGUAUAGAUUUUGCCAUCAAUGCCAGGCCUCUGACUCGCCACAUGCCAAAGAACAAACUGAGCUUCCAGUAUCGUAUGUGGCAGUUUGUGGUGUCUCCGCCCUUCGAGUACAGCAUCAUGGCUCUAAUCGCACUCAACACCAUCGUCCUCAUGAUGAAGUUCGAAGGCGCAUCAUUGGUCUACAAUAACGUCCUGAAGAACCUCAACAUUGUGUUUACCACCUUCUUUUUCUUGGAAUCAGUGCUCAAGAUUCUAGCAUUUGGCCCUCUGAAUUACUUCAGAGAUGCCUGGAACAUUUUUGAUUUUGUGUCCGUCCUUGGAAGCAUCACUGACAUAUUAGUGACAGAAUUUGGGAAUCCGAAUAAUGCCAUCAGUUUGAGCUUCCUGAGGCUCUUCAGAGCAGCUCGCCUUAUAAAGCUGCUGAGACAGGGAGAGACCAUCCGCAUCUUGCUGUGGACCUUCGUCCAGUCCUUCAAGGCUUUGCCAUAUGUGUGCCUACUUAUUGCCAUGCUCUUCUUCAUCUAUGCCAUCAUUGGCAUGCAGUUGUUUGGGAACUUAAAACUAACGGAGGACGAUGGAAUCAACGAGCACAAUAACUUCAGAACCUUCUUCAUGGCCCUAAUGCUCCUGUUCAGGAGUGCUACAGGUGAAGCAUGGCAAGAGAUCAUGUUGGCUUGCCUGGAUAAGAAGGAAUGUGAUGAGAAAUCAGGGAACACAGGAAAGGAGUGUGGCAGCACCUUCGCCUACACCUACUUUGUCUCCUUCAUCUUCUUGUGCUCUUUUCUGAUGCUGAAUCUGUUUGUGGCUGUCAUCAUGGAUAAUUUUGAGUACCUAACUAGAGACUCUUCCAUCUUGGGGCCUCAUCACCUGGAUGAGUAUGUAAGGAUAUGGGCUGAGUACGACCCCGCAGCCUGCCACAGGAGUAAGGGAACGGAGGAGGCUUUGCCAGUCCUUCUGCAACCUGCACGGAUGCAAGCAGCACAAAGUUAA